AUGGCCAGCAGCCCUUUGCCAGGCGCCACCGACCUCCUCCUGUCCGCCCCGUCGAACGCCUUCCCGUCGGACUCGCUGAGCCAGGGGCCGCCCCCUCCGCCUCCACGCGGCGGCCCUCCUCACCCGGGCGCCAUGAAGCCCAACCAAGUGGGCCAGGUGAUCCUGUACGGCAUCCCCAUCGUGUCUCUGGUGAUCGACGGGCAGGAGCGGCUCUGCCUGGCGCAGAUCUCCAACACGCUGCUGAAGAACUUCAGCUACAACGAGAUCCACAACCGUCGCGUGGCGCUGGGCAUCACGUGCGUGCAGUGCACCCCGGUGCAGCUGGAGAUCCUGCGCAGGGCGGGCGCCAUGCCCAUCUCGUCGAGGCGCUGCGGCAUGAUCACCAAGAGGGAAGCCGAGCGGCUCUGCAAGUCCUUCCUGGGGGAGAACCGGCCGCCCAAGCUGCCGGACAACUUCGCCUUCGACGUGUCGCACGAGUGCGCCUGGGGCUGCCGGGGCAGCUUCAUCCCGGCCCGCUACAACAGCUCCCGGGCCAAGUGUAUCAAAUGCAGCUACUGCAGCAUGUACUUCUCGCCCAACAAGUUCAUCUUCCACUCGCACCGCACCCCCGACGCAAAGUACACGCAGCCGGACGCCGCCAACUUCAACUCCUGGCGGCGCCACCUCAAACUGACCGACAAGACCCCGCAGGACGAGCUGGUCUUCGCCUGGGAGGACGUCAAGGCCAUGUUCAAUGGCGGCAGCCGAAAGAGGGCCCUCCCGCAGGCCUCGCACGCCCACCACCCUGGAGGGGGCGGUGGAGGAGGAGGAGGCUCCGGCCCUCACUGCCACCCUUUGGGCGCCGUCAAGGCGGCGGUGGUGGGCGUCGGAGGAGGCCUGCUCAGCCCGCACCUGCUGGGCGCGCCGCCCCCGCCGCCCCCUGACCUACACCAGAAGCGCGGCCGCUUCGACGACGACGAGGAGCUACAGGAAGCAGUGGCGGCAGCCGCGGCGGCUGCAGCGGCCGUUGCGCACGGCGGCGCCGGGAAAGCGCAAAGGAACUACCCGGUCAUCCCGGUGCCCAGCAAGGGCUCCUCCUUCGGGGGGGUCCUGCAGAAGUUCCCCGGCUGCGGGGGCCUCUUCCCGCACCCGUACGGCUUCCCGGCGGCCGCCUUCAGCCUCUGCCACAAGAAAGAGGACUCAGAGGGGCUGGGAGUUGGGGCGCAAGGCGGACCCGCGGGACACAAAGCAGCAGGUGCCGCCCCGACAACAGGAGCGGGCCUCUCGGGGCUGUUCUGGCCCGGUACUAGGAAGGACGCGGCGGCCGCGGCCGCAGCUUUCUAUCCGCCUUUCUGCAUGUUUUGGCCGCCGCGCACCCCGGGGGCGCUCCCGGGGCUGCCCACGUACUUGCAGCCCGCUCCGCAGCCGCCCACUUGCACUGCCCUGGGCGGAGAGAACCCCAGCUUGCUGCGCCAAGCCUUCCUGGACCUCGCCGACCCCGGCAGCGAAGGGGGAGCCGCCGGGCUGGGCACGCCGCCCGCCGCAGCCGCCCCACAAGCGAGCGGCGGAGGCAGCAGCAGCAGCGGCAGGGACCCACGGGCUUUCGACGGCAGCGAGGCGGCCUGUUCUCCCGCGGCGGAGGGAGGCGGCAGCGGCGGCGGAGGGUCGCGGGGCUCGGCGCCUCACCAGCCCCACCUGCUGGACGGGCAGCCGCGGGGCAAAUCCGGCGCGUCCUACCACCACUCCAGCGCCUUCCGUCCAGUGGGAGGCAAAGAGGACUCGGAAAGCCUAGCUAAGCUGCACCACCAUCACCCGGCGCCGCGUUCCUCGUCCUCGCCGCCGCCCCUCUUAUUGCUGCCGCCCCCCGAGCGGGAGCCAGGGGGCUGCGAACGCCCCCUCCAGCCCUCCGGCCACCGCCUGCUCUCCCCGGGAGGCACCAGUUGCAGCUACCCCAGCGAGGAGAGCAGCGAGGAGGAAGAGGAGGAGGAGGAGGAGGAAGAAGAAGAGCCGGAGGUGGACGUUGAGAGCCACAAACUGCCGGAGGAGGAGGAGGAACCGGAGGAGGAACCGGAGGAGGAAGAGGAAGACGAGCAGGAGGUGGUGGACCCCGUCGGGGGAGCCGGCCGCUACCUGCAGAGCCGGGGGCUGACGGACAAGGGCGCCUCCCGGGACAGGCCGAGCGGAGCAGCCUCUGCAGUGGCCGCCGCCCCGACGGGGCCUUACCCCGCGGCCUCCUGCCGGCCGGCUCCAGAGGAGGAGAAGUCGGGGAUCCAGAAAGGCAAGGAAGGGAACCAGGUUGCCGCGUCGGCGAAGGAAGACAACAGCUUCUCAGAGAAGAGCAAGGAACACAGUUUUUUCAUCACAGACGCCGAACAUCCAGGAGGGGAUUUCUGGAGAAAUAUUGCAGGCGAACCCAUACAGGAAACCAAUUCACCUCAUUCUCUGAAAAAGGAUGUCGAAAACAUGGGAAAAGAAGAACUUCAGAAGGUCUUGUUUGAGCAGAUAGACCUGCGGCGGAGACUAGAACAGGAAUUCCAGGUCCUGAAAGGAACCGCCUCUUUCCCUGUAUUCAAUAAUUUUCAAGACCAGAUGAAGCGGGAAUUGGCCUACAGAGAAGAAAUGGUUCAACAGUUACAAAUUAUCCCCUAUGCAGCAAGCUUGAUCAGGAAAGAAAAACUCAGCACGCAUCUCAGCAAAAGCUAAAAGGCAAGCAGGAGCGCAGGAUCCUCUGAUAAGAAACUACCCACCCAUCGCUUUGAUUUCAGACUUACUUGAAGACUGAAAAUAGAAGGGCUUUGGGUGUUUUAUUAAAAAAAAUAAGGAAGAAACAAAAAUAAAUCAGGUUCCAUUGAACCCAAGGACAAGUGACCUCAAAGUUUCAUGGACAACCAUGUAAAUUAGAAUGUAGCAGACAUUUAUUAAUUUCAAAAGAAGAAGAAGAGGAG